AUGGAGUCAAAAGUUCAGUCGGUAGCAACCACAGCAUUUGCUAAAAUAUUCGAUGCCUGGACUGGCAACGAUGAUGUCGAUUACCCGCUUCUUUCCACAUCCCCAGCCUUAGUAAGAGACGAUACUGGGAGUGCGAAAAAGGCAGACCUUUCCUGGACCCCUUCAUCCUUGCCCAUUGGGCGAAAAACAAAAUGGCCUACCUUCGCGGUAGAGAUGGCUUGGUCGGAACGCCGCCACAAGAUAGAGACAGAUAUGGUAUUUUGGCUAUGUCAAAGCAAUGGAGAUGUGAAAGCCGCUAUGUCAACCACAGUACACAGUCGUGGCAGAAUCUCAUUUGAAAUAUGGGAUCUCAGACGUGCUCCUCAGGGUGUAAAUCCAUUCCCCUUUCCGUCGCAGAGAAUGGAAAUUGUCAGAAAUCCUGCGCCCAAUCGUCCAAAGAUCGAUGGACGCAUCGAAAUACCGUAUGAAGAUAUCUAUCUUCAACAGAAGGGAGCCAAUGAUACGAACUUCAUUCUCACAGAUGAGGACGUCACAAAAAUUGCCAAAAAAAUAUGGAUUGUCCAAUUCGGUCUAGAGGAGCAUCGUGGUUCUAGCUCUCGCUAA